AUGCCGACAACGAAUGAUGAACAGCACUUUUCACCCAUCAUCACCACCACCUCCAUUACCAUCCCCACUACCACAGGCGGGGGUCGACGAGCCAAACGUCCGGCCAAUCAGGGCAAAGCCAGGGUGCAACAACAGCAAACACAACAACAGCAGCAGCAGCAGCAACAACAACAACAACAGGCACAGCUGAUCAGCACGAACAUUAUCACAAAGGUGACCAGCAGCGGGGCUCGCUUUGCGGCGGCACUGCCCACCAACAUCCGCGUCAUCUCCUCGCCAAUGAAAAAUGGCCAACUGGCGGUGACAGCGCUGCCCGUCGGCACUGCAGUUGCCGGCAACUGCGCCAACAGCAAGGCCGUCAGUUCGGUGCCACUCUCCGCAGUGGGCUCACUCACACCGCCCACCUCGCCUGAACGGCGUGUCGUUCCGGUGUCGAGCCACUGUCGAGUCACCGAUUUCAAGUCAGCAUCGCCUCACCUCUCCAGUCAUCCUCCUCAGCCUCUGCACAUCAACGGAGUUGCAACCAACCCGAUUCAGGCGGCGGCGGCGGCCGCCUUCCAACUGAGCGCCUCCAAUGUCCUGGUCGCCCUGGGCCAACCCAACUCUGCCGAACCGUCUGCUGUCAUCCUCGCAAACCCAAACCUCACCAGUACUACGCCAUGCAGCAACGCCCCAGGCAGUCGCCCGUCGCCCGUGAAUGGAAAGGGCAGACAGAUGGCUAAUGGGCAGUCUGUGGGACGAUGGAAGUCUGCUGCCAAUCGUCAGAAGACCUCGGCUACCAAGGAGAAUGACACCAUGGCGUCUUCGGAGAGUGCAUCUCCAAACACAUCACCCUCCUCUUCGCCCAUCUCCUCCUCCUCCUCCUCUUCUAACGGCAACAACAACUCCACAGCACUGUCCCUCUCUGCCGAUGGGAAGCGUCGCAUUCACAAGUGCCUUUUCAACGGCUGCAAGAAGGUCUACACCAAAUCCUCGCACCUGAAGGCCCACCAGAGGACACAUACAGGUGAAAAGCCGUACCAGUGCUCGUGGCAGGGUUGCGAGUGGCGCUUCGCCCGAUCCGACGAGCUGACCCGCCACUACCGAAAGCAUACCGGCAGCAAGCCCUUCAAGUGUAAGCACUGCGAGCGGUGCUUCUCACGCUCUGACCACCUGGCACUGCACAUGAAACGACACACCGGCGCAUCGGCGACGGGCAGCGCCAACAGCAAUGGAGGAAGUCCAGUUCAGAGUGGUCAUCUUCACCAGCAUGGAU